AUGGGUCUUUGUUUGGCUAAUUCCCUAGUGGCUCGACGUGAUUUCAUCCCUUAUGACCAACUUGUUCGAUAUAAGUGGUGGUUCCGAUAUGGUUACAUGUCUUCAACUGGACACUGCUUCGAUAAUAGUAGUGCGUUUAGUCAGUCGCUGAAGGAAUUUGAGCGUCGUCAACAAUUAUUUGCUAGGAAACAUAAAAUUCCUUCUGAUGAAUUAGAUUUUCUGUCUGAUCCACAUCUACUCAAAGAAUUUGACGUACAUUGUACUGAAAGUGGCGUAGCUGGUAAUGAAGCACUCAUCCGCUUGACUCCUGUUUCUCUUUUCUUUUAUCGAUAUCCUACUGAUGCCGUUGAGUUUGCUGGGAUUAGUGGUGCAAUUACUCAUGAUAGUCCGAAAGCCUAUGAUUCUUGCCGCUAUUAUGGUGCUUUGAUCGUAGCUGCUCUUCGGGGUGAAACAAAACAACAAUUACUGGAUGAUAAAUUUUAUUUAAACCAUAAAUCAUGGUUCAAUAACAAGCCACUUAAUCCAGAUGUGAUGAAAGUUGCCCAAGGAUCCUACAAGAAAGCUGGUGAAUAUCAUGAUCGCAUUCGAGGCAAAGGAUACAUUGUUGAUGCUCUUGAAACUGCAUUAUGGACUUUUUACUACGAUGAAGGUUCCUUUGAAAAGGGAAUUCUCGACGCAGUCAACCGUGGAGAUGAUACUGAUGCAACGGCUGCUAUUUAUGGUCCAUUGGCUGGCGCUUACUAUGGUUUUGACAAUCUACCAAAAAAAUGGAUUUCACAGAUGUUAUUGUUUCUACUUUUAUUGGCCUUCUCAUUAUCCAAAGUCUGGUCAAUUGAAUUUGAACCAUAUAGUCUAAGAACACAGAGUCUAUAUGAACCGCUCGGAAUUGAUGCUAAAGUACCAUUACUUAGCUGGCGAUUACAAAGUUCGAAAAUUAUUCGUGGAGUAAGUCAAGUAGCUUAUCAGAUUCGAGCUGCUCAUCACAAGAGAGAUCUGGACAGCAAUCCAUUGUGGGAUUCUGGAAUGGUUGUAUCGAAUUCUACAGCAAUAGUCUGGGAAGGACCAACGCUAAGUUCUAGAGAAAGAAUUGUUUGGCAAGUGCGAUCUUGGGACAAUGGUGGCAAGAUAUCGGAAUGGAGCGAGAUUGCAUCGUUUGAAAUGGGACUUCUGGAUGCACACGACUGGGAUCCGGCAGUUUGGAUUGAAAACAAGGCUUACAUGACGGGUAACACAUCUCUUCCUUACUUUGUUAAGCGCUUCAGUAUCUCAAACUCAAUAUCGAGUGCACGACUAUGGAUUGUAGGAUUGGGACAGUUUGUUGCAACAGUGAAUGGUCAAGUAGUGACGAGCGGUGUUCUUAACCCUGGAUACUUUGAUUGGAAUAAGUCCAUCGAAUAUUCAACUUAUAAUGUUACAGCCCUUUUGAAAGACGGCGAUAAUGUUCUGGGCGUAGCUCUAGGAAAAGGAAUUUAUAGAGCUGAAAAACCACUCGGCGGACGAUACUAUAAGUUUCUUACAACACCACAUCCAAUGAAGUUGAUUGCACAACUACAGUUGAAUUAUAUGGAUGGAAGUUGUCAAUAUAUUGUGUCGGAUUCCAGUUGGCUAACCACUGUUACAGGCCCUUUGCUUGAAUCUAGCUGGUAUGGUGGAGAAGAAUAUGAUGCACGAAAGGAACUUAUUGGUUGGGAUACACCAACAUACGAUCACUCGACAUGGAAGAUGGCAGAUAUUUCGAGUAUACCGAAUCCGAACGCUAUCUAUCGAGCUCGAGAGUCUCCUUCGAUCCAGAUAGUGGAAGAAAUUGUCGCAAUCUCUGUUACAGAUAAAGGUGAUGGUACGUAUAUUUUCGAUUUUGGCAUCAAUCAUGCAGGUUGGCCAAAGUUAAGUAUGAGAGGUGCACGUGGGACAACUGUCACUAUCAUGCCAGGUGAGUUGCUCAAUUUAGAUGAAACUAUCAAUCAAGUGACCGAGGGAACUCCAAUUUAUGAUCGGUAUACUUUUUCUGGUAACGGCAUCGAGACCUAUGCUCCGACCUUUAGAUAUCAUGGCUUUCGAUACUUACAAAUUGAAAACUUAACCUAUCUACCACAAGUCAACGAUUUCAAAAGUUAUACAUUACGUAUUAAUAAUGAUGUAACCGGUACGUUCAACAGUUCUAUUGAACUUUUGAAUAGUAUCCACAAAAUUGUCAAUCGAGCCGUACAAAGUAAUAUGUUCUCUGUAUUUACUGACUGUCCUCAUCGAGAAAAACUUGGCUGGCUGGAAGAAACUCAUCUUGUCUUUCCUGCCAUUGAGCGCUUCUUUGACGUCCAAGCGCAUGGUCGCUCAGUCGUUCGUCGUAUAGCUGAAGCACAGCUGAGUAAUGGGAUGGUUCCCACAACUGCACCUGAAUUUCCAAUUUUUAACGGUGCCUUCCGAGAUGAACCGAAUUGGGGAAACAGCAUUAUUCUUCUACCAUUAUAUCUUUAUCAAUCUUAUGGAGAGAUAGCUUUAUUAGAAGAGUUUUAUUCAAACAUGGUGUCAUGGAUUGAUUAUUUGAGAUCCAAAGCUCAAAAUAAUAUUGUAUCAUACGGUCUUGGGGACUGGUAUGCUAUUGAUCAGUCAACGCCUGUUGGUGUCACUGGAACAUAUGGAUAUUGGAUGUCGGCUAAUGGACUUGAAAAAAUUGCUAGUGCUUUGAAUAAAACCGAUGAUGCUAAAAAAUAUUCAGACUUGGCAUCACAGAUCUCGUCUGCCUUCCAUAGAACCUAUUUCAAUGCAACUGCCCAUACUUACGCUACAGGAAGUCAAGCUGCUGAUGUAUUUGCAUUAGAAAUGGGUGCAGUACCAGUCACGGAACAACAAAAUGUGAUUCAACAUCUGAUAAAUGACAUUCGCGAGCGCAGUAACCAUACUUCUUCUGGAGAAGUUUCUCUGCCAUCUUGGUUUCGAAUGCUAAGUUUCUACGGCCAUGAUGAUGUAAUCUAUGACUUCCUCUCACGUACAGACAGUCCGAGCUAUGGUUAUGCAAUAAUUCACGGUGCAACAUCUCUCACUGAAGAUUGGGAUGGUCCUGCUCCAGCUAAAGGACAGCCGUUGAGCAGUCAAAAUCAUUUUAUGUUUGGUGCAGUAGACGAAUGGUUUAUGCGUUCUCUUGCCGGCAUACAACAAGUAGCUAACUCUAUAGACUAUCGAAUCUUAAAUAUUAAACCUGUCAUCGUUGGGAAUAUCAGUCAUGUUGAAGCGACUUAUAGAACCACCAGAGGAUGGAUUGAGAUUCAAUGGAAUCGUGUUGAAGAAGUUUUUACAUUGAAAGUUAUGCUUCCAUAUGGGUCGAUUGCAAAGGUUUAUGUACCGGGAACGAAGGCGACAUCGGAUUAUGGAACACAGAUUCAGAUUAGAAAGAGAGAAGCAAUGACAGUAUUCAAAAUCGAAAGCGGAAGUUAUACUUUUAAAUCCGUUAUUGAUGUUAAUACAAAGCAGAACUGA